AUGUCUGAGUCGGAGUGCAACGGAAGACCCGCUGGCACUCCUGAGAUACCACGCUCAGCGGCCGAGGCUUUUGUGGAGGCCACAGGCCAGGCCCUGGCAUGGACACUUAGCAACGGGGGCUCCGAUACUCUGGGCUCUACGGGCAGCAGUGCUCAGAAGAAGCGUCUCCAACACAACAAGCAUAAAACCCAAGGCACCAAUGUUGUGCACCGGUCGCCCCGCGCCCUCUUCUGCCUCAGGCUGAACAACCCCAUCCGACGGGCUGCUAUCAGCAUCGUUGAGUGGAAACCCUUUGACAUUCUCAUCCUCAUGACCAUCUUCGCCAACUGUGUGGCCUUGGGCGUCUACAUCCCCUUCCCGGAGGAUGACUCCAAUGUCUCCAACCACAACUUGGAGCAAGUGGAAUAUGUUUUCCUCAUCAUUUUCACGGUGGAAACUUUCCUCAAGAUCCUUGCCUACGGUCUGGUCAUGCAUCCUAGUGCUUACAUUCGUAACGGCUGGAACCUUCUUGAUUUUGUUAUCGUGGUGGUGGGCCUCUUCAGCGUCAUCCUGGAGCAGUUCUCCCACAAGCCUGGGGACGCCCAUCACAUGAGUGGGAAGCCGGGAGGGUUUGAUGUCAAAGCCCUGAGAGCAUUCCGCGUCCUGCGACCUCUGCGCCUCGUUUCUGGUGUACCCAGCCUCCACAUUGUCUUGAACUCUAUCAUGAAAGCCAUGGUGCCCCUCUUGCACAUUGCGCUGCUUGUGCUUUUCGUCAUCAUCAUCUACGCCAUCAUCGGCUUGGAGCUCUUCAUCGGCCGCAUGCACAAGACCUGCUUCAUCGUUGGUUCAGGUACAGUUCAGCAGGUGCUGGGGGAGGAAGACCCAUCACCUUGUGCCUUCUCUGGGCAUGGCCGAGAAUGCGUGGUGAACAAUAGUGAGUGCCGUGGCAAGUGGGACGGACCCAACGGUGGCAUCACCAACUUUGACAACUUCUUCUUUGCCAUGUUGACUGUCUUCCAGUGCAUCACAAUGGAAGGUUGGACUGACGUGCUCUAUUGGAUGCAGGAUGCAAUGGGUCACGAGCUGCCCUGGCUUUACUUCGUCAGCCUUGUCAUCUUUGGCUCCUUCUUUGUGCUCAAUCUGGUUUUGGGUGUGCUGAGUGGAGAAUUCUCCAAGGAGCGAGAGAAAGCCAAAGCCCGGGGUGACUUCCAAAAGCUCCGGGAGAAGCAGCAGAUGGAGGAGGAUCUGAAGGGCUACCUGGACUGGAUCACGCAGGCUGAAGACAUAGAGCCCGACGACGAAGGGGACGAGGCAGACGAUAAACACGCUCGUAAGGCCUCUGCCUGCCACCCUCUUCCGGCCAGUGAAACCACCUCAGUGAAUACCGAGAAUGUUGGGGACGAAGAACACCACCAGAACAACUGCUGCGACGUGUGUUUAGGCAAGCUCUCCAAGACCAAAUUCGGCCGCCGAAUGCGACGCUUCAACCGCCUCUUCCGGAAGAAAUGUCGGCUGGCUGUCAAGUCGGUCUCUUUCUACUGGAUGGUGCUGCUCCUUGUCUUCCUGAACACCCUCACCAUUGCCUCUGAGCAUUACAGGCAGCCCGACUGGCUCACGCAAAUCCAAGCUUAUGCCAACAAAGUACUGUUGUCGCUGUUCACCAUGGAGAUGCUACUGAAGAUGUACAGCCUGGGUCUGCAGGCCUAUUUUGUCAGCUUCUUCAACCGCUUUGACUGUUUUGUGGUCUGUGGUGGGAUCCUGGAGACCGUCUUGGUAGAGUUUGAGAUCAUGCAGCCUCUUGGAAUCUCUGUGCUGCGCUGCGUCCGCCUCCUACGGAUCUUCAAGGUCACCAGGCAUUGGGCCUCGCUGAGCAACCUCGUGGCCUCCUUGUUGAACUCCAUGAAGUCCAUUGCUUCCUUGCUGCUGUUGCUGUUCCUCUUCAUCAUCAUCUUCUCCUUGCUGGGCAUGCAGCUCUUUGGGGGCAAGUUCAAUUUUGAUGAGACUCAGACCAAGCGCAGCACUUUUGACACUUUCCCUCAGGCCUUGCUCACCGUCUUCCAGAUCCUGACAGGGGAGGACUGGAAUGCAGUGAUGUAUGAUGGGAUCAUGGCCUACGGAGGCCCUUAUUUCCCUGGCAUGCUGGUUUGCGUCUAUUUCAUCAUCCUCUUCAUUUGUGGCAACUAUAUCCUACUCAAUGUCUUCUUGGCCAUUGCUGUGGACAACCUUGCAGAUGGGGACAAUAUCAAUUCCUCCAAGGGGGAGGAGCACAAGGAGAAAGAGCUGCCGGAGGAAGGGGAGCAGAGCGAUGAGAAAGAGGAGAAAAAUAUAAAGGUGGAAUGUGGUGAGGAAGAGGAAGAGGAGGAGGUAGAGGAAGGCAGCGAAGAAGCAGGUGAGGAGGAGGAGGAGGAAGAGGGAGAGGGAGAGGGAGACCAGCAGAGCUUGGCGGAGUCCCACCUGGACAAACUGGAGGAGGCCCCCAAGGAGAAAGUGUUGCCAAUUCCUGAGGGAAGCUCCUUCUUCUGUCUUAGCAAGACAAACCCGCUUCGGGUCGGGUGCCACAGGCUGAUCCAUCACCACAUCUUCACCAACCUCAUCCUCGUCUUCAUCAUCCUCAGCAGCAUCUCUCUGGCAGCCGAAGACCCUAUCCGGGCGCACUCUUUCCGCAACAACAUUCUGGGCUACUUUGACUAUGCCUUCACUUCUAUCUUCACUGUUGAGAUCCUGCUCAAGAUGACUGCCUAUGGUGCCUUCCUGCACAAGGGCUCGUUCUGCCGGAAUUGGUUCAAUCUUCUGGACCUGCUGGUGGUCAGCGUCUCCCUCAUCUCCUUUGGCAUCCACUCCAGUGCCAUCUCCGUGGUGAAGAUUUUGCGAGUGCUGAGGGUGCUCCGUCCUCUCCGAGCCAUCAACCGGGCCAAGGGGCUCAAGCACGUGGUCCAGUGCGUGUUCGUGGCCAUCCGCACCAUCGGGAACAUCAUGAUAGUCACCACCCUGCUACAGUUCAUGUUCGCUUGCAUCGGCGUCCAACUGUUCAAGGGCAAAUUCUACAGCUGCACGGAUGAGGCCAAACACACCCCAGCUGAGUGCAAGGGCACUUUCAUUGUGUACAAGGAUGGAGAUGUGGCUCACCCAAUGGUGCGCGAGCGGAUGUGGCUCAACAGUGAAUUCAACUUCGACAAUGUGCUGUCGGGCAUGAUGGCCCUCUUCACUGUCUCCACUUUUGAGGGCUGGCCAGCGCUCCUGUACAAAGCCAUUGAUGCCAAUGCAGAAAAUGAAGGGCCCAUCUACAACUACCGGGUGGAGAUCUCCAUCUUCUUCAUUGUCUACAUCAUCAUCAUCGCCUUCUUCAUGAUGAAUAUCUUUGUGGGCUUUGUCAUCAUCACCUUCCGGGCUCAAGGAGAACAGGAAUACAAGAACUGUGAGCUGGACAAGAACCAGCGGCAGUGCGUGGAAUAUGCCUUGAAGGCCCAGCCGUUACGGCGCUACAUCCCCAAGAACAAAUAUCAAUACAAAUUCUGGUACAUGGUCAACUCCACUGGUUUUGAGUACAUCAUGUUUGUGCUCAUCCUGCUCAACACCAUUGCUCUGGCUGUACAGCACUAUGAACAGUCCCAGCCCUUUAACUAUGUCAUGGACCUGCUCAACAUGGUCUUCACAGGCCUCUUCACUGUCGAGAUGCUGCUCAAGAUCAUCGCCUUCAAGCCCAAGCACUACUUCUGUGAUGCGUGGAACACCUUUGACGCUCUGAUCGUGGUUGGGAGUGUCGUGGACAUUGCUGUCACUGAAGUCAAUAAUGGAGGUCAUGUCGGAGAGAGCUCAGAGGACAGUUCCCGCAUCUCCAUCACUUUCUUCCGUCUCUUCCGCGUGAUGCGCCUGGUCAAGCUGCUCAGCAAAGGGGAGGGUAUCCGUACCCUGCUCUGGACCUUCAUCAAAUCCUUCCAGGCUUUGCCAUAUGUUGCCCUUCUCAUUGCCAUGAUCUUCUUCAUCUAUGCUGUCAUUGGCAUGCAGACCUUUGGCAAAGUGGCCAUGCAGGAUAAUACACAAAUCAAUCGCAACAACAACUUCCAGACCUUCCCGCAAGCUGUGCUGCUGCUGUUCAGGUGUGCCACGGGGGAAGCCUGGCAGGAGAUCAUGCUGGCCAGCUUGCCGGGCAAACGCUGCGACCCUGAGUCUGAUUAUGAGCCUGGGGAGGAGUUCACGUGCGGCAGCAACUUCGCCAUUGUCUAUUUCAUCAGCUUCUUCAUGCUCUGCGCCUUCCUGAUCAUUAACCUCUUCGUUGCUGUCAUCAUGGACAAUUUUGACUAUUUGACCCGAGACUGGUCCAUUCUGGGCCCCCACCAUCUUGAUGAGUUCAAGAGGAUCUGGUCAGAGUAUGAUCCGGCUGCCAAGGGGCGCAUCAAGCACCUUGACGUGGUGACCCUCCUACGCCGGAUACAGCCUCCCCUGGGCUUUGGGAAACUCUGCCCCCACCGAGUAGCCUGCAAGAGGCUGGUGGCUAUGAACAUGCCCCUCAACGCAGAUGGGACAGUCACCUUCAACGCCACCCUCUUCGCCCUGGUCCGGACGUCGCUUAAGAUCAAGACAGAAGGAGACCUGGAUGUGGCCAAUAAGGAGCUCCGUGCUGUCAUCAAAAAGAUCUGGAAACGGACCAAGCCCAAACUGCUGGACGAGGUGAUCCCCCCACCCGAAGAGGAGGAAGUCACUGUUGGGAAGUUUUAUGCCACCUUCCUGAUCCAGGAUUAUUUCCGGAAAUUCCGUAAGCGGAAAGAGAAGGGGCUGCUGGGACCGGACGGGUCCCCGAGCAACUCGACGGCCUUGCAGGCUGGGUUGAAAAGCUUGCAAGACCUGGGCCCUGAGAUCCGCCGGGCAAUGUCCUGCGACCUGGUAGAAGAAGAGGAGGAGGAAGCCGAGGAAACCGUGUGUGAGGAGGAGACAGUGACCUACAAGAGCUCGGAGGCGUUGUACGGCAGUGCCCCCGACCACCAUGUCUCCGCCCCUGCGAUGUCACCAGAUCAGGAGAACAAAACGGUGAUGAAUGGCCUUGUGGGCUCCCGGCACCCCUCAAGCGUCAGCCUCUCCCACAUGACGAACGGGCCGGCCCACUGCGAGGAGAACGGCGGAGGCAAUGACGAACCUGCUGAGCUGCCCGACCUUCCCACCCGACGCAGGACGAGCAGACGGAGCUCCGAUGGCAGCUGCAUCCCGCCCACGGUGCAAGAAGAAGCCACGCACACCGAGGAUUAUGGGGAGGACACCUCAGUUGAGCAGGGAUACUACAGCCGGGAGGAGGACUCUGAGAGCCUGGCCUCCCGCGACAGGCAACCGGCUCUGCACAACCCUCAGCCCCGCCGCCGCCACUGGGAUAACGGCUACGGCGGCUCUUUGCCUCUCCCCUCCCGGCGCGUCAACAACGGGCUCAUCAACGGGACGCUGGACGGGAGGCAAACUAAGCGGCGGCGCCUCCUGCCUCCCACGCCCACAGGCCGCAAGCCAGCCUUCAGCAUCCAGUGCCUGCAGCGACAAGGCAGCUGCGACGACAUCCCCAUUCCAGGCACCUACCACCAGAACGCGCCGCCCUGCCGAGCACGUGUGCAGGGCUACGGCAGCUACGACUCAUGGCACAGCAGCAGCCACUCCUCGACGGCUUCCUCGCAGUCAUGGGCCACUCCGCCGAAACGGGGCCGGUUGCUCUAUGCCCCGCUGAUCCUGGUGGAGGAGGAUGGGUUGCCGGGACACAGCUGGGAGAAGAACAGCAGCAGCCUACCACCCAUGUCCCGGGCCCGCUGGUACAUGAAUGAGCCAGAGAUGCCCUACCACAGCUACGGCCAUCUCCAUGUGCCCGGCCAACUCAAGCACAGCUACAAUGACAAGCGUGGCAGUGCAGACAGCCUGGUGGAGGCGGUGCUCAUCUCGGAGGGCCUCGGCCUUUACGCACGAGACCCCAAGUUUGUGGCCUUCACCAAGCGGGAGAUUGCGGACGCCUGCCACAUGACCAUUGACGAAAUGGAAAGCGCUGCCACGGACUUGCUGAGCCGCAAGCUUGUGGGUGGCGAAAGCAACCACCAAGGGGGCAGCGGUCACGCCUUGUAUAGCAGCGACGGGGAGCCCAGCGGCGUGGGGAGCCUGGGCCCCGUUUACAGCGACGAGGAGCCCUUCCGCUCCCGCGAGGAAGAGGACUUGGCCGACGAGAUGGCCUGCGUCACCUCUUAUUGA